AUGAUCGGCAUUUAUGUUUGGCGACUUACGGAGGAUAUGUUUCUUGCAGAGACCCAAGACUCGCUUUCGGAUGACGCCCUCCUACCCCUGCGGUCCUACAAGUACUCCAGCGUGGAUAAGUCGUUCAUUUCGCGGUAUAUUCUGAAGCACUACUGGAAUGCCUUUGUCGAAGUGUUGCCCAUGUGGAUGGCUCCCAACAUGGUGACCCUUCUUGGGUUCGUGUUCAUCGUAGUCAACGUGUUUUUCAUUGGGCUUUUCAUGCCAGAUCUCGUGGGACCGGGUCCCGCCUGGUUGUACUUUAGCUUCGCCCUAGGGGUUUGGAUGUAUUCAACUUUGGACAACGUCGAUGGCAAACAGGCGCGACGAACGGGGACAUCUAGCGGACUCGGGGAGCUCUUCGACCAUGGGAUUGACUCUUUGAAUUGCACUCUAGCCAGUCUGCUGGAGACGGCUGCUAUGGGGUUCGGUGCCUCGCAACUGGGUGCCUGGACUGCCCUGGUACCGUGUCUGGCGAUGUACUUCUCGACCUGGGAAACCUUCCACACGCACACUCUCUACCUCGGCUAUUUUAAUGGCCCAACUGAGGGUCUUCUCAUCGCCAUCGCCAUCAUGAUUGCCUCGGGCAUUUGGGGUCCCGGUAUUUGGUCGCAGCCGAUCACGAAUUUGAUCAACAUUCCCCAACUCUUUGGCACCAACUCCGUCCGCGACCUUUGGCUCCCAAUUCUUCUCGGUGGAUUUUUCCUGGCCCACCUUCCGGGAUGUGUGUACAAUGUUGCCUCCGCACGCAAGAGGCAGGGGUUGCCGUUCACCCCGUUGCUGAAGGAAUGGCUGCCCAUGGUCCUGUUCACCCUGUGCAAUAUUGCCUGGCUUUUCUCGCCGUACUCGACUAUUCUAUCCGAGAACCAUCUGGUCCUUUACUGCUGGGCCAUCUCGUUUGUCUUUGGGCGGAUGACCACUAUGAUCAUCCUGGCGCAUCUGCUGAAGCAGCCGUUCCCUUACUGGACUGUCCUGCAGGCUCCGGUCAUCUUUGGAGCUGCGCUAGCCAACCUGCCGCGGAUUGGGUUGCCAGCGAUCAGCGCUGGGUUUGAGCUGUGGUACCUGCGCUUGUUCUGUUUGUUUGCCUUUGUGAUCUAUAUGCACUGGGCAGUCCUCGUCAUCAACCGCAUCACUACGUUCCUGGGGAUCAACUGUCUCACCAUUCGCAAAGACAAGGCCGUCGCUCGGGAACGAGUAUAUCAGCAUUUUGGAGAGUCCGAACCCGGCGAGGUUAGUGACAGCUCAGAUGGCAUCAAGAGCCAUUAG